AUGUUUGCCAGUAUUUUCUUUCUUUUGUGGAAUUAUUUCCAGAAACGGGGGGAGCUUUCUUUUUUCUUUUUUUUUUUUUUUUUUCUUUUUUUUUUUUUUUUUUUUUUUCUUUUUUUUUUUUUUUUCUUUUCUUCUUUUUUGUGUUCUUUUUCUUCUAUUUUUGUUUUCUUCUUUUUUGUGUUCUUUUCUUCUUUUUGUGUUCUUUUUUGUGUUCUUUUCUUCUUUUUGUGUUGUUCUUUUUUUGUUCUUUUCUUCUUUUUGUGUUCUUUUCUUCUUUUUGUGUUCUUUUCUUCUUUUUUGUCUUUUCUUCUUGUUCUUUCUUCUUUUUGUGUUCUUUUCUUCUUUUUUUGUGUUCUUUUCUUCUUUUUUUGUGUUCUUUUUUUUCUUUUUUGUGUUUCUUCUUUUUUUUGUGUUCUUUUCUUCUUUUUUGUGUUUUUUUUCUUCUUUUUGUUUCUUUUCUUUUUUUGUGUUCUUUUCUUCUUUUUGUUUCUUUUCUUCUUUUUUGUGUUCUUUUUUCUUUUUUUUUUGUUUUUUUUCUUUUUUUGUGUUCUUUUCUUCUUUUUGUGUUCUUUUUCUUCUUUUUUUUUGUUCUUUUUUGUUUCUUUUUUUUGUGUUCUUUUCUUCUUUUUUUGUGUUCUUUUUUCUUUUUUUGUGUUCUUUUCUUCUUUUUUGUGUUCUUUUCUUCUUUUUUGUGUUCUUUUCUUCUUUUUUGUGUUCUUUUCUUCUUUUUUGUGUUCUUUUCUUCUUUUUUGUGUUCUUUUCUUCUUUUUUGUGUUCUUUUCUUCUUUUUUGUGUUCUUUUCUUCUUUUUUGUUCUUUUCGGAAAAAAACUUGA